AUGAUCAACUCUCCCAACAACAUCUACAUUGAAAAGAAUGACGACAAAGACGCAGCCUCGGAUACGUUCCUCACUAUGCGAACCAUGCGGCUGCCCGGUUUCCAGAGCGCUGCAGAGUUCGACUCUGUGUCGACGUAUCACUACGUCUCAGUACGGAUGCUCGCUCGUGUCACCGGCAGCGCGGGUGCAUGCAUGGCUGUCUUCACGUACCUUGGGGGUGAAGAGCUGGCAGAUGUACAAGAAGCUGAUAUCGAGAUCAUGACCCGCGAUCCCAAGAACCGGGUUCAGUACACAAAUCAGCCUUCUUUCACAGAGGAUGGCGAUGAUAUCCCCAAAGCUACUCGUAACGGAACCCUGCCCGAGGGUGUUGAGUGGGAUGAUUGGGUGGUGCACCGAUUGGAUUGGACACCUAAGCGCUCAACCUGGUAUGCUAAUGGUCAAGAAGUUGCCAGUAUAGAAUUCCAGACACCCAAGGACCCGGCACAGAUCAUUCUCAACGCGUGGAGCGACGGUGGCUCGUGGAGCGGGAAUAUGAGUCUCAAUGGUGCAGCAUAUAUGCAGAUCCAGUGGAUCGAUAUGGUUUAUAAUGUUACCAAAGACAACGAGGAGAAGAGAAGUUUAGAUGGCAGGGGGUUGGAGAGAGAUGCUGAGCAAGACGGUGAGCUGGUUCGACGAGAUGAUAGUAAGGGUGCAUGUAAGGUCGUCUGUAGCAUCGAUGAGGCGGAUGAGGCUGGAGAGACCAAGAUACUUUCGAAGAGUGCGGCGUCUCACAUGCUGGAUAUGCGAUACGGGACAAGGACGAUUGCGUUUGGAAUCAUGCUUUUGGCGUAUAUAUAA